AUGUUUCAAGGUCAUGACGGUAUUGAAUACACCAUGGCUAGAGUUCCGAUAGGAGGUUCAGAUUUUUCAACACGGUUGUAUACUUAUGCCAACUCAUCUUGCGAAGAUAUAGAAUUGACUCAGUUCAAAUUAUCACAAGAAGAUUUGGACUUCAAGGAACUAAUAAGAGCACGACCAUAUAAAAAUGAGAGUCUAAUAGCAUUUGGAAAUAGAUUACAAUUACUAAAAAGUCAAACGAUACAAAGAAUUAGUAACAAUUUAAAUUUAAGGGAAAUUGACAAGAGAUGUCAAAUCAAUCAUUGCGAAAAAACAGCCUUGAACAACUUUAUAGCAGGAUGUUCAGAAUCGGAAUUAAAUGAUUGUAAAGAAAUAAAUGAACAAGUAGAACUAGAUCUCAGUAAAUUAUUUGAUGAAGAAGAAAAAGAUAAAUUGAAUGUAACAGGAAAGAAUUCAGAAGAAAAUAUUAUAAUGGUAGGAGAAACGAAUAAUGAUACAAAAUUAGAAUUAGAAGUAGAAUUAUUUGAUAAGAAUAAUGAAGCUGACAACAGUAUUAAUAUUACUACUAAGACGACUAAGACAGAAGACAUAGAAAUUACGGAAAUUCCAUUGAUCAAAAAAUCCUUGGAACUAUCCAAUAAUAACUUGAAGUUAAUAGGAUCAGCUUGGACCAGUCCGAAAUGGAUGAAAUUCAUUGAACCUUACGGAUAUUUGAGAGAAGAAAUGUAUCAACCGUGGACAAAUUAUCACUUAAAAUUUUUGGAUUCAUAUAAGGAAAAUGGCAUAUAUUUUUGGGGGAUUACUACUGGCAACGAACCUUCAUUAGUAUUUAAUUUAAUUCCAUCGCUACCUUUUCCAGGUCCAGCUUUGUCUAUAUGGAUAGCAAACAAUUUUGGACCAGCGAUAAGGAAUUCAAAUUACUCGAAUAUAAAAAUUCUAACACUCGACGAUCAAAAACAUAUGUUUACCAUACUUUACAGAUCAGAUUAUUCGUCUGUCCAGAUGAAUUCCAAGGUAUUUUGCUGCAGAAGAUGCCCGCUUAACACUACAGUUGAACAGAUCCCUCUUCAAGAAUACGCCGUUGCUAUACUGGAGGUUCUCAGACAUUGGGUUCUAUGUGGGAUCGAAAGAAAUUUGGCAUUGAACGAACAAGGUGGAUCGCACAUUCAAAACAAUUUCGUAGAUGCACCUAUCAUAGUUAAUGCGACAUUCGGAGAGUUUUACAAGUAACCAAUGUACUAUGCGAUUGGAUAUUUUUCGAAAUUCACCACACCUGGUUCUGUGUUGAUUGAUGUUUCACCAUUUGAUGAAUCUGUGAGCACCGUUGACUUUAAAAGACCCGAUGGCGGUAUCUUAAUUAAUAUUAUCAAUUUGUAA